AUGGGGGCCAGGGCGCCUUUGCCUUCUUUCUGGGUUUGCCUGUUUGCCAAGACAGGGAUUUUGUUCCCAGGAGACACUCCCGGGCCCAUGGGAGCUCAGCAUUCAAAGCAGCACAGGAAACCUGGGCCCCUGAAACGGGGCCACCGAAGAGAUCGGAGAUCAACCAGGAGGAGCUACUUGAAGGAAGUAAGGGAGAUCGCUCGUGUCUUAGAUGAUGAGGGCAGCAACCUGAGGCAGCAGAAGCUUGACCGGCAGCGGGCCCUGCUGGAGCAGAAGCAGAAGAAGAAGCGCCAGGAGCCCCUGAUGGUGCAGGCCAAUGCCGACGGGCGGCCCCGGAGCCGGCGGGCCCGGCAGUCGGAGGAGCAGGCCCCCCUGGUGGAGUCCUACCUCAGCAGCAGCGGCAGCACCAGCUACCAAGUUCAAGAGCCCGACUCGCUCGCCAGUGUGCAGCCAGAAGCUGCCCACCCAACAGCACCAGCCUCAGCCAAGAGGACCAAGGCAGCAGCCGCAGCAGGGGGUCAGGGUGGAGCCUCUAAGAAGGAGAAGAAGGGGAAGCAUAAAGGCGGCAGCGGGCCAGCAGCACUGGCAGAAGACAAGUCUGAGGCCCGAGACCCGGUGCAGAUCCUGACCGUGGGCCAGUCAGACCUCGCCCAGGACGCAGGGGAGACAGCAGCUGGUGGGGGCGUGCAGCCCAGCCGGCAGGAACUCCGUGCCACGAUGCAGAGGAAGGGCACCUCCAGCAGCAUGAGCUUCGAGGAGGAAGAGGAUGAUGAGGACGAGAACAGCUCCAGCUCCUCCCACCUCAACAGCAACACACGCCCCAGCUCCGCCACUAGCCGGAAGUCCAUCAGGGAGGCAGCCUCAGCCAACAGCCCCAAAGCCCCAGAGCCACCGGGAGACGUUGAGGUCCAGGAUCUUGAGGAGUUUGCACUGAGGCCAGCACCCCAGGGCAUUACCAUCAAGUGCCGCAUCACGAGGGACAAGAAGGGGAUGGACCGGGGGAUGUACCCCACCUACUUUCUGCACCUGGACCGUGAGGAUGGAAAGAAGGUGUUCCUCUUGGCGGGAAGGAAGAGAAAGAAGAGUAAAACUUCCAAUUACCUCAUCUCUGUGGACCCAACAGACUUGUCUCGAGGAGGGGACAGCUACAUCGGGAAACUGCGGUCCAACCUCAUGGGCACCAAGUUCACCGUUUAUGACAAUGGAGUCAAUCCUCAGAAGGCAUCAUCCUCUACUUUGGAAAGUGGAACCUUGCGUCAGGAGCUGGCAGCUGUGUGCUAUGAGACAAACGUCUUAGGCUUCAAGGGGCCUCGGAAGAUGAGUGUGAUCGUCCCAGGCAUGAACAUGGUUCACGAGAGAGUCUCCAUCCGGCCCCGCAAUGAGCAUGAGACACUGCUAGCACGUUGGCAGAAUAAGAAUACAGAGACUAUCAUCGAGCUGCAAAACAAGACUCCUGUCUGGAAUGAUGACACGCAGUCCUAUGUACUCAACUUCCAUGGGCGCGUCACACAGGCCUCUGUGAAGAACUUCCAGAUCAUCCAUGGCAAUGACCCGGAUUACAUCGUGAUGCAGUUUGGCCGGGUAGCAGAGGAUGUAUUCACCAUGGAUUACAACUACCCGCUAUGUGCACUACAGGCCUUUGCUAUUGCCCUGUCCAGCUUCGACAGCAAGCUGGCCUGCGAGUAGAGGCCUCCUCGAGCCCUUUGGGGUUGCCCAGCCUGGAAUGGAGCUUGCCUGCCUGCCUGUGGAGAUAGUCCUACCUACCCACUGUACAUAGGCUUCCUGCCAGAUGACUCUUUGGCCCUGAGCAGGCUUCCUGGCCCAGCCAGCCAGGAACUGGCUUCUCUGCCUUUGCUUUUGAGGCAGAGGAGCAGGGGUAAGUAGAUGGGUGGGUGAGAAGGGACUAGAGUGAAUCCUUUCUGUGCCCCAAGGUCAAGCCCCCAAACCCCACUUCUGGUUAAUAUCUUGCUGCAGUUGUGUUUGCCAAGCUGGGUGACCUCCAGCUGGAGGAAGAGGUGUAGAGGGAUAGAAAGCACAAGGCAGGGCUGCUGUGGCCCAGCCAUCCGCUCAGUCCAGGAGUACAGUGACAAUGGGUGUCCCCACAGUGAGGGACCCAGUGUGUGUGUGUGUGUGUGUGUGUGUGUGUGUGUGUGUGUGUGUGUGUGUGUGUGUGUGUGUGUGUGUGUGUGUGUGUGUAUGUGUAUGUGUGUGUGUGUGGGUUUAGGGCACAUUAACUUUAUGUAGCAAAGAGCUUGGUGGCUGGGCUUGGCUCUGUGGUUUCCUGAUGUCGAGGGCUCAAAAAUUCAAGAGCCAGGUAGGCCCCUUACAGCUGCAGAAGGUCUCUGCCAAGCCUGGGAGAAGUUAAGAUCACAGGGAGGCGAGAUUGGGGGAAGGAUGAGGGACAGCACCUUGCCAAGAUUCCAGGAGCCUGGCUGUGAGAAUUGGCCGGCACCCCCGGGUUUGAGCCCAUUUGUUUUUUUUCAGGUUUGCUCUGCACUGUCAGAGGCAACAGGAACCAGCUCUCAGGGCCAGAGUUUUCAGUGGAUGGGAGCCUGCAGGACACAGGCUCAACAUGCAGAAAGUGCAUGGAAUAGGCUCCCUAGUUCAGGACUGUCUGGGGACCUUGCCAACUGCCCCAGGAGCUCUUCUGAGUAACCCCAGCACAACACCCAGGAAACAUGGACAGGGUCACUAGCUCCAGGCUGCACACAGCUAAGCAUGCCUGGGGCUCUUGCUGGAAGGGGGCCAUUCCUAAGCCAUGACAUGCUCCAAAAAGAAUCUCUGCUCUGGGUGCUCUUGCUUGAGUUUCAGCUCUCACUGCUGAGAGCCUAGGCCAUUGGGGUGAGGCCAUAUGAGUGUGGCUCUUGGUUGAAGUUGGUGGCAACUUCUGUGGUGGUUCUUGGGUGGGAAUGGGACAGGACGAUAAGAGAAUAUUUUAGAAUCACAAAGAGAUCAAGGGUGGCAGGAUCCUUAAGGAUCAACCAGUACAACUCCAUCACUUUUAGGAGAAUCACACCCAGAAAAUGGAACUUGCCCUGGGUCCCUUUGCUAGUUAGUGGCAGAAUUCAGAACCUCAAACUUCCUUGAUCUUUGUUCCCACUCUCCCCCAAGGUUCUGGUAUCUUCAGCUCUCUGCCCUUUCUGGGGCCCAGUUGGCAUGCCCUCCCCUGUUCUCCUAAUUCCAGAAACUUAGAAAUGUCAGAAUUGGUAUAUAAAAUUGAAACCAUUUCAGUAGGAAAUUGGGCAGUUCCCUGCUCCAAGGUGUCUGGCUUUUUGCAUGUCAAUCUGAUGACUGGCCUGUGUUCCUCAGUGAGGGCUGCACAAACUCUGGGUUGAGUGUUCCAGGGCUAGGCUUGAGCUCUCCCUCCAUCACCAAACUUAUCCUUGGAUGGUACCAUCCACCCUACAGGCUUGGGAACUCUUAAGCUCUUGCCCAUUCAUUGUUUACCCUGGCACAGGCUUCUUGCCGGGAAGGAGGUCUGGAAUCAGUAGGAAGCAAGGAAUUGUACCUGUAGGACAGAUAAGCUUGAAAAGAAAUUGGUUACAAAUGAAAGUCAUAUUUUAAACAUAUUAGUGAGGCUCUGUGGGUAAAGGAAUUGCUUUGACUCAUUAAAUGAAAGUAGUACGUUCUUAUUUCUUUGUUAUCUAGGUUUUCCAGUGUUGAGUGCUUAAAGCAGGACACAUCCAUUCUAGCGUGGAGUUGUCCACAUCUCAGGCACACAUCUCCAAGAAGGCCCUCUAGUGAUUAGCUUUUGUUAACAUAGUCCCGUUUCUAGACAACUCUUAACUGAGGGCCAUUUUGAAGGCACUGUGCUGGGGUUGGUCCAUUUCCCAAUGAAAUACUGUGGUGCCAUCCUCCUUUUUUAUAGUCCCAGUUUGACCCUUCCUUUGCUGACUUAAAUGAAAAGAGACCUACUGACAUGUGAGAUGAUGGAAACAAGGUGAGCUCUAAGGUUUGGUCAGUUUCUUUGAGUCUAGGAAUUUAAGAUGGAAUAAGCUGAUUUUGGAUCCUUGAAGGAGGGUGGGUUGUAGUGGCAGAUAGAAAAACUAGAAGCACAAUGGAAAAUGCUUGGCCUUUGCUUUCUCCUCUAGAGUCCUGUAGGGCCAGAAAACAUGGAUCCUGGGCUAUCUGGCAUGGGCUUGGAGAAGGUUAGCUUUAGGAACAAAAUCCUUCAUUGGGUGUUGUCAUGAAUAGGAGCAGUUGAGUCAACUGCUUGGGUCCCAGCCUAGCAAGAUUCUGCUCCUGAUGCUGGUUUUCCUUGACUAUUGGCCUUGCAGCCAUGGGCCCAAAGAUUAAAAAAGCAGUCAGGGCCCCUGGAGACCAUCUGGGCUUAGCAUCUCCAAGAGGAAGAGUCCUUGCCCUCCACAACCUCUGCCCAGAUGAUCCUUGAUUGGGCAGGGAAUUUGACUGAACAAGCAGUGCCUAAAGAUGUUGCACAGAUGAGACCUUAGGCAGCUCCUCUGUAACUGCUGCUGGCUCUGUAACUUCUCCUGGGGCCAUACCCUAAAACUCAACACUCUGCCCCAAAACAGUUCUUCUGCAGAGUGUUAAAGUUCACUUCCCCAAUUCUUCUCCAAUUCUAGCUUUUCUUUCCUUGUGUCUCCAAGGUGCUCUGUGUCCAUGUGUGUGUGUCUUUGUGGAAAAGGGCAAUCUGCAAACAACAAACUGAGGUUUUAAUUUUUUAAUUUCAAAUUUUAAAGUAUGAGUAGGAAAGGGGUAAGGAUGUAGUUAUGAUAAGCUGUGGAUUUUGUUCAUUCAUUUCAUGCUCUUCAGACAGAAAGAAUACCUAGGAAAGUACCAGAACAAUUUUUUCAGUGUUCUGAUUGGAGGAUACCAUUCAAGGUUAGUUUUCAGCUCCCACUUUGCACUACCUAAAAAUAUCACUGUGUGGCAUGCAUGUUUUUGGAUGAAUCUGAACAUAUUCUGGUGAAUGUGUCUUAAAAAUCAUGACACUAGUUCAGAGGAAACACGUAAGGUCCACACCCAUGGUGAGGACAGGUGUUUGAAAGCUAGGAAGCGUGAUAACCAUAGGCUGGAAGAGAACCUUUGGAGCCCACCUCCUUCGGUGACAGUAGGACAACAGAAUUGUAGAAGCAGUUUUUCUUCACUGGAAGUAGCAAGCAUUUACCUGAGAGGUCAUUCUAAAUUUACCAGCCAACAGUGAUUUCAAGUUAAAAGGUCCACUCUUUAUUCAUGAUGGGAUCUGUAGUGAAGGGAGAUGCUGGGACAGCCAUGUCCAUGGCUCUGUUAUGCAAGCACAAAUUCCAUCUCCUAGUUGGAGUCCCUGGUUUUCCUCUACUGCAAUAACACUGGUCUUCCCUUCUCUAUAAUUCCACACCCCAGCUGUGACAAGUUGUGCAACCUCCUGAGUGGCCCUUAGGGCACAUUUUUCCAGAUAGCUAAAUAAGUCUGCUAAUGGUUCCAGCAUUCUUGUGAUACCCAGCACUGGGGCCUGAUUCCCUUGUAGCCAGGACUCAGAGUCAGAACCCUACACUGCCCUGAGCCCUGGCUGGUAGGCUUGUAGCAGUCCCCAGAAACAGGCUAAGGAAUGGGGUCUUAUUUGAGUUUGCUGGCUGUGUACCUACAGGUUGUAAUUUUCAUCAUCUCAGGAUGAGUGGGACAUAGCAGAAGUAUUGGGACAGGUUUAGUUUUGAGUUUUCCACCAAGAAGGUCUAUAGAAAGCACCACUCCACUUGGAAGGUGUCAAAUCAGAGCAAACUACAUAAUCUUUCUAGGUCUGUUUUCCCAUCUGCAAAAUGAGGAGGUUGGACUGUAAAAGCUACCAUAGGAUUCAGGCUGAAAGAAAGUAAUCUUUGCUUUCACCACUACUUUUUCUAGCUCAUCACUGUGCCUUUUUUCUUUCCUAAGGGAGCCAUCCUUCUCUUACGUUCUGUCCCUCCCUCCCCCUAUCAAGGUCCAGGCAGAGUGGGAGAUAAGGCUGUGAUCCAGAGUUUCUUGGAGGGCAAAUGGGAGUGACUUAAAAAGGGAAGCCUGACUCUGGCCUCUUUAAUCCCACAUUUGGUGAUAAAGGGAGACUUGGUCAGUUUGGGUGACAUUUCUCUUGCUGGGAACAGUUUUCAUAUUGCUUAGAAAGUAUAUGUUUAUUUGCACAAGAUUAUCUUUUCCUAUUUUGGUCAGAUGUUUUAUUUUUGUUCAUGAUUAUCUGGAGUUUUAGAUGAACUUGCAAAACUGCUUUUAUUAAGUGACUUUUUGAAUAAACUCUUUGUUAUUCUGGAGCAAUUUAUUUAUUUACUGGUACGUGCAAUGACGAACUUGAUAUUUUCCCAUGUUGAUCUUAUGUAUGUUGUAGAAUUUAGUGUUUGUCUAAAUACAGAACAUAUACCAAGAAAUUAAACUUGAAUUGUUUCAA